GUUUGAUGAUUUCCUCUGUUGUGUCUAAUAAGGGAACAGUGAGUGUCAUUGGCAGCUGUGAGUCUCUCUCUCUCUUUAGGGGGCUGACAGGAGCCAGUUUCUUCAGUGUGUUUGAGGAGCAGACGAGAAACUUGUGCUGUGCUCUGAGUUGAUGAAGUAGUGUGUGUCGAGCUGAAGGAGAAGAUGGAGAACUGUCUGAUGCUGAUGUUUCUGUGUUAUAUGGUAAAACUCAUCACCUCUGACAGUGUGAAUGUGAGGUUGGUGAAUGGUAAUAUUCCCUGUGCUGGUCGAGUGGAGGUUUAUAAGAAUGGUCAGUGGGGAACAGUGUGUCAUUAUGCCUGGGAUAUGACUGAUGCUGCAGUGGUGUGUAGAGAGCUGGACUGUGGGACGGCUGUAAAAGCAACAUACGAUGCUCACUUUGGACAAGGAUCAGGACCAAUUUCAAUGGGUUAUCUAUACUGUAGUGGAUCAGAGCCUGCACUGAAAGACUGUAGUUCAAACAGCCAGUAUACACAGCAGUACUGUAAAAAUCAUAAUCUUGAUGCUGGUGUCAUCUGUUCAGGACAAGGACUUCGACUUGUGGACGGGCUUCACCUGUGCUCUGGGAGAGUGGAGAUGCUUCGUACAGAAGGAUGGGGUUCAGUGUGUGACGCUGUCUUUGACCAGCAGGAUGCAGAGGUUGUGUGUAAACAGCUGGACUGUGGGGCUCCUGUACAGGUGCUGGGAGCAGCUGCUUUUGGUAAAGGAAAAGGCCCUGUUUGGUCAGAAGAAUUUCAGUGCAGAGGAAAUGAAUCUCAGAUACACGUCUGUUCACGAUCAUCUUCACAGAAACAAAGCUGUUCUCAUGACAAAGAUGUGGGAGUGAUCUGUUCUGGUUACACAGAUCUCAGGCUGGUGAAUGGCUCAGACUCUUGUUCUGGAAGAGUAGAGCUUCAGUUCCUCAAAGAGUGGGGCACAGUGUGUGAUGCAUGCUGGGAUAUGAGAGCUGCCAGUGUCCUCUGUAAACAGCUGAAUUGUGGGAUUGCUGUGACUGUUGUGGGAUCAGACUGGUUUGGAGAGGGAAGCGGUGAAAUCUGGGCUGAUGUGUUUGAUUGUGACGGGAAUGAAACAAAACUCUCAGAAUGUUCCAUCUCUUCAUGGAGUCGAGCUGAAUGUUCUCACAGACGAGAUGUUGGAGUCAUCUGCUCUAGUGAGCACCUUCACACCACACUGAAGUCAUGAGUUUCAGAAUAAAACUACACAUUUCAACAAAUUAAGCAUAUUUUAUAUAAUUAUUGAAUGACAAAUAAACACUCUCUCCAGACAGUAAAGCUCAUCUGGAGAACUGCAGCUCUUCACAAACUCUCAAAUGCAGCUCCACACAACAGCUGUCAGUGAAGAACACUGGUGAGAAAAUCAACAUCUGGACAGACUCUUUGGUUUUUAGUGAUCAGAAAUAUGUAUGUACAAUCACUGUUUUUCUGUCUCUGAAUAUCAGGUGGAGGGUCCAUCAGGCUGGUGGGUUCUGGGGGAGACUGUGCAGGGAGGCUGGAGG